AUGGGGGUUGAGCUGUUGAAGCUGAAGCUAAUGCAUAGCUCAUUCCGGCGGCGCGUGAUCUUACGCGCCCUCGUAAUCGUCUGCGCUUUCUCUGUUGUAUCCGUUCUGCGAAACCUCGGCGGAGUAUACGGAGGAGAGAAUCAUCACCACCACGCGUGUAAGGUCGAUGAGUGCGCAGUGAAUUUCGCGUUUCUGGGUCCGUUUCUCUUAUCAGGUAACGGAUUGUUGUCCAGUAGAUUCCUGAAACCAGUUUGGAACUAUUUGGAAUCAGAGAAAUGUAAAGAGAACAUUUAUCUGACUACUGAAGUUGUCAGAGAGCUUAUAGGUAUGAAUCUGUUGAGUAACGAUGUGAAAGCUCUCUGCAUUGGCCGGAGAUCGGUUNCGGCUGUUCUUGCGAUGAAUUCGCAAGGGAUCUCUGAUGCUAGUGUGGCUUAUAUGCCACCGGUUUUCGCUUUCAAGCAUAGGAAGUUCACGAGCGAGCUACAUUAUGAUGAUGCUUCUUUUGGUUUCGUGUUUUCNAUGGAUCUUGAGACAGUUUCUGUCCCUGCUUCGCUUGUUUAUGAGAUCGAGCGUAUCCUUAUUCCCGGUGGAACCGGAGCUAUGCUUGUUGGUACUGCUAGUGGGUCUGAUUCAAACGAGUUGGUCAGAUCGGUUUCGCCUGUUUCCUCGUUGCUGAAGAAUUCGAAUGUUGUUCAUGUUGCUUCCUUGGGUGACCAGGUUUUGGUUGUAUUCAGGAGAUACGGAGAAGAUAGUUUCCGUUUGGAUGAAAGUCAUGACCUUCCAGCUGAUUGCUCAUCUGUUGUCAACAAUCAACAAUACAUUGGCUUACUAGAGCCUCUUCUCGAGGAAAGACGUUCGGAUUUUGAGAGAAGGAUCCAUUACUUGCCUGAGUUCAUUGAUCUUUCUUCUAGGAAGAGGCUGGUUUAUAUUGAUAUCGGGGCAGCAGAUCAUCUAAAAGCGAGAUCGAAUUGGUUCUUCCCAUCAUACCCAAUCGACAGGAAAGCGUUUAAUAGCUAUUUUGUGCAUCACAACACAUCGAUCUUGACUUCGUAUGUCAAAAGUCCUGGUGUGACCUUCAUCUAUCAUCCGGGACUCGCAGCAGCUAAAGUAACAAUUGCCGGUCCUGAAGACCAGGAAGAACCCUUUGUAGAAGAUGAUAGCUUUGAUUUUCUAGCAUGGUUCAAGGAAACAGCGAGCUUCGCUGAUUUCGUGGUUCUGAAGAUGAACACAAGUGACGCCGAGCUGAAGUUUCUCUCAGAGCUGAUAAAGACUGGAGCGAUCUGCGCAGUUGAUGAACUGUUUCUUCACUGCACAGGGUAUAGAGACUGCACUGGUAUCGUUAAGAGCCUCAGAGACAGUGGCGUCUUUGUUCAUCAAUGGUGGGAAGACGAAGCGCUCCGCAAAUGA